CUUCCGGGUGACAGCGGAAGUAGUAUUGGUCGUGUAAGACGCGAGAUUGCGGCUUGUGUCGUCGAUAGAACUAGAAGAUGGGGAAAAAACAAAUCUCCUGGUAUAGCCAAUAAAGAAACCUUUCAACGUAUUAACUUUUUGUAUCAGGCAGCACACCAGAGUCUGGGAACCUCUCCGUAUGAUGUCAGUCUGUGUCGCUAUUACAUUCACACACUGAAGACACUUGCCAAGAGACAAGUUCUGAGACUACACCCAGACAUGAGAAGGACGCUGUGCAAGAUGUGCAGUGUGUUACUUCUGCCAGGGCUGACAGCGAGAGUCAGGACAGGCAGGAAACAGAUCAAGUUAACAAAAGUCACAUGUUUGGAAUGUGGAGCUACUAAGAGGUUUCCAUGGAAACCAGAUCAUCAGCUAUGGGCAGAUACAGAAGAGGCAUGGCUUGCUAAAACAUAAUCUUGUGGAAGACAUGUGGCUAUACAAGGGCUUCCUGACAGUCUUCAGAUUGGGUUUUCCAGACAUGGAACACAGAAGUAUCUCUGAUGAACAUGAUCACCUCAGUUGACAAAGCAGCCACAAGUUGAAUAUCAGAGAUGUAAUUUUCCAUCAUGACAGAAAUCUGUGAUCAUGGCUUCAAGUCCCUGAUUAUGUCUCUAGAUGUGUCAGCACUAUACCGUUGUUGAGUUGUGAGUGCCCAAGACCUGCAUCAGUUUUCACCCAUAUCAAGCUGACAUGCCAUUGCAACAGAAAUAAUGCUAAGAGGGGCAUUAAACCAAGUUGACAUUUAUUCAGUGGUGGAACAUGCCUCUUCACGAACACAGGUAGAUCAGGUCAAGAAACCCUGGGAGGCGGCCACUGAGACCUGGUCUCUGUGAGCAUUGUGUAUCUAUUAAAGUCACCUAUAGGUUUGGUUUGUUGUUUAAUGCUGCACUAAUCAAUAUUCCAGGGCAGUCUGUAAAUAAUCAAGUCUGGGUCAGACAAUCCAGUGAUCAACAUCAUGAGCAUCGUUCUUUGCAGUUGGGAUGUGAUGACGUGUUUCAACCACGUUAGCAAGCCUGAACACCGGAUCCUGUUAGUCACCUCUUACGACAAGCAUGGGUUACUAAAGACAAAUUCUAACCCGAACCUUCACGGGUCCACAUCUAUGGGUAAUCUAGUGGACUGUUUCUUUUUGCUGUGUGAAGGUAAAUGUAAAACAAAUUACUAUCACUACGCAGUGCUAAUCACAAUGACCAGAUGAUGAUGCUUAGUAGUUGUGGUAACAGAGAACACUCACAAACGCUGGUCACUCUCAUGAUUCAUGCUACUUGGACUAGUAGUGAAAGUAUUCUAGCUGUGUCGUUCUCACCUCUUUGUCUUCCAAUCUUUAUACAUACUGAAAGAAAGAAAAGGAAUUAAAGUUUGGGAAGAUGUU